GGGUGGCUGUAACAACAUUUCACAGACUGGGGGCUUAAACAACAGAGAGCAUGGAGGCUACAAGUCCAGAUCAGGCUUGGUGUCUCCUGAGGGGUGUCUCCUGGGCUGGCAGACGGCCGCCUUCUCCUAGUGCACUCACAUGGCCUUUCCUCUGUGCUCAAGUGUCCCUGGUGUCUGUGUGUCCAGUUUUCCCCUUUUUAUAGGGACACCAGUCACACUGGAUUAAGGCUCUGAAGACCUCAUUUUAACUCAAUGACCUGGUUAAAGCACCGUCCCCAAAUACGGUCACGUUCUGAGGUGCUGGGGGUUUAGGGUUUUAACAUAUGAAUUUGGCUGCGGGUUGGGGCAGGUACAGAUUCAGCCCAUAACAGUCAGUAGAUCUUGUUCACUACUUCGUUUUCACACCACUGUCCACUGUAGAGUUCUCUGAGCACAUGCCCCACCUUUCUUCUGGACUUUGAGCUUGAGGGCAUAGCUCACAUCUGUGUCCUCACAGCCGGCCGGUGUCAGCCAGCUCUGGGUGGAUGCCCAGUAGCACUGUCCAGACCCAGCGCAGCAAGUGGCCACUUCUCAGGCCCGUAUUCUCUUUGCGUUCUCUAUCCACAGGAUGAGUUUCUUCCUGAAGGAUCUGUGUUUGUUCAAAACACAAUCAGAAAGGCUGAAACAUAGUAAUGUAUGAGCCUCAGGAGGUGGCAUUCCCUUCUGCUGUGGCAGUGCUGCCCGCUCCCAGCCUGGAUGAAUCACACGCAUAUUCUCAGCUAGCCCUGGCUGGGGUUCGGAGAGGAUCUGGUGCAUCUCCUGCGGCCCGCAUGGCUCGUGUGUUCGUAUACGGGACCCUGAAGAGAGGCCAGCCGAACCACAAGGUCCUGCUGGACGGUGCCAAUGGCCGAGCGGCCUUCCAAGGCCGGGGCCGCACGGUGGAGCCGUACCCCUUGGUGAUCGCCGGCGAACAUAACAUUCCGUGGCUGCUUAACCUCCCAGGGCAGGGGCGCCGCGUGGCGGGGGAGAUCUAUGUCGUGGACGAGCAGAUGCUCAGCUUCCUGGAUGAGUUUGAGGGUUGCCCCGACAUGUACCAGCGCACCCCUGUGAGGGUCACGGUCCUCGAGUGGGAGGGCAGGCAGGGCACCCCGGAGGAGAUGCCGGCCACCGACGGGACCCUGCAGUGCUUUGUGUACAGCACGGCCUCCUACGCACCUGAGUGGGUCCGCCUCCCGCACCACGACAGUUACGACUCCCGGGGGGAGCAUGGCCUUCCCUACAACCCGCGGGAAAACAGGUGAGAAGGGCCAAGGUGGACAGAGCCCUGGUGAUCAGUCGGGGACACCAGCCUGGCCUGCACUCACUGAAGGUGGAAGCAUAAUAAUGCCCUUUGAAACAAGUGUUUGUACACUCAGUGUGUGGGAAAGGGGACGAUCUCUUCUUCAGUCACAGCUGCUUUCCGCAGUCUCCUGACACACUGGUCACAAGCCUGCGCCUGAAGUCUGUCUCUCUGGUAGCACUUUGUUGCUUUUGCUGCUUAAAGGCGGCCAUGGGCUCGAAUACAUCGGAUAAGGAAAUUCAGGAUUUUAAUUCCCCUAAAUGACAUUUCCAGAAUUCAUAUGUCAUAUUUUGCUUUGCUUUGAUCUGAAGAUAACAUUUAAAAUGUAGACUUUGUGUUGCAGCUAGAUUUUAGCAACCCUGCUGUAUUGAUUCUAACUUGUAGCAGCAAGAAAAGUAAUUUUUUAAACCGAUUUUGAUUAUCUCGGUAUAAUAAAAGAAACUCAAGAAAAACA